CACGUGCUCCUCCUCUCCUGUUGUCGUAGCAAACCAAUCAAUCUCUCUCUCCACCGCGCCUUCUUCUCCGCCUCCGGCCGGUCGAGACCAAUGCAGACGCGGAUGCAAACCCAAACAACGCAACAGCCUCCUUCACCGUUAGCCAUGUCCGCGCCGAGGAAGACCACGAGGCGCCCAGAUCAAGAAACGGCGGCCAAGGCCACGGAGGACAGCCGCCAGUUCUUCGACGCCGGGAAGCCGCCGCCUUUCCGCAUCGGCGACGUUCGCGCCGCGGUGCCGGCGCACUGCUGGCGCAAGAGCCCCUGGCGGUCGCUGUCGUACGUGGCGCGCGACGUGGCCGCCGUGGCCGGGCUGGCCCUCGCGGCGUCGGCGCUGGACAGCUGGGCGGCGUGGCCGCUCUACUGGGCGGCGCAGGGCACCAUGUUCUGGGCGCUCUUCGUCCUCGGCCACGACUGUGGUCACGGGAGCUUCUCCGACAACGGGAUGCUCAACAGCGUGGUGGGGCAUCUCCUCCACUCCUUCAUCCUCGUCCCCUACAAUGGAUGGAGGAUCAGCCACAGAACGCACCAUCAGAAUCAUGGCCACAUCGAGAGGGAUGAAUCAUGGCACCCGAUCACGGAGAAGGUGUACCGGGAGCUGGAGCCACGCACCAAGAAGCUACGCUUCACACCCCCAUUCCCAUUGCUUGCUUUCCCUCUCUACCUCUGGUACAGAACCCCCGGCAAGAACGGCUCGCACUUUCUCCCGAGCAGCGAUCUGUUCAGCCCCAAGGAGAGGAGCGACGUGAUGGUGUCAACCACCUGCUGGUGCAUCAUGCUCGCCUCGCUCAUCGCCAUGGCGUGCGUGUUCGGCCCGGUUCAGGUGGUCAAGAUGUACGGCAUCCCAUACCUGGUGUUUGUGAUGUGGCUGGACUUGGUGACCUACCUUCACCACCAUGGUCACCAUGACCUUCCUUGGUACCGCGGCGAGGAAUGGAGCUACCUGCGUGGGGGCCUGACGACCGUGGACAGGGACUACGGAUGGAUCAACAACAUCCACCAUGACAUUGGCACCCACGUCAUCCACCACCUCUUCCCACAGAUUCCUCACUACCACCUCGUCGAAGCCACCAAGGCAGCGAGACCAGUGCUGGGCAGAUAUUACCGGGAGCCGGAGAAGUCAGGGCCGCUGCCACUUCACCUCUUUGGCGUUCUCCUCAGGAGCCUCAGAGUGGAUCACUUUGUCAGCGACCACGGAGACGUCGUCUACUACCAGACUGACCACACCUUGAACGGUGGUAAUGACUGGGCCGAAAACGAUAAGCUCAAGUGAUGCACAAGGUGAACUAGUAAUAUAUUUCAAGUAACCAGCAGUCACAGAAAAAACGAAUGCCUGAUUGAUAGCAUAUAUAGCCUGCUGAAAAUAAAAUAAACGGCAAGGGUAUAUUGGUGCAGCUCUGCGACCACAGAGGAUGCAUUAUAUUGGUUCGUAGAUUUGGGUGGUCAGAUUCAGAUCAUCGGAGUAGCUAUCAUUACACAAUUGUGAUUUGUAAUAGCUUGAUACCUGUUGUUUUAGCUAUGGAGUUGGUGAGGUGUGCAAGUUGAAAUGUGAAAUGAAACUGUGCAUUUUGGCAGGGCACAUACAGCCAGUGAAAUUUGUACACACCGAUUACUAUUUCCAACUUAACAGACUGUCUACAGAGCAGGCUAGCUAGUUAUUCCGGCAUCACAAAC